AUGAAAGAAAGAGAAGAAAGAGAUUUGACUAAACCGAGCAAACUAAUCGCAAGUUCUUCAUCGAUGAACGUUGAUGAUAAUCUUUUAAUUGUCUGCUUUUAUAGAGUAAAAGCUUUUCAUCACUUUUAUUUUAGAUACGUAAGGAAAAAAGAGUACCUUCCUGAUUCUAGUGUUCAAUUUAAAUUUCCUUUUAAAGAAGCUAUUAAACUCAAGCUAUCAAGGAACCUCCGUCCGUUUAAAUGUGAACAAUGUGGUACGGAAUUCGGCCGUGCCGGUGGACUACGUCGUCAUGAUAUCAUGGUACACCAGCAGAAGAAGCAUGCGUGUCCAUAUGAAGGAUGCAGUCACCCUGGUUACAAAUGCACUAAAGCACUUGCUGCUCACAUCCGUUCAGUUCAUACACUAGAUCGACCGUUCGCAUGCCUAUUUUGCGAGAAAACUUUUGUUCGCAAAAACGACCUGAAAGUCCAUGAACUAACACACUCAAAUCGAAGUCGCUUCUUUUGUAGCAAGUGCAAUAGCCGUAAGUAA